AUGUGGCCCAAGGGGGUCAAGCAGAUGGGCAGGAUAUCAUUCAGGUACUACCAGCAAAUACCAGCUUUGGCAUUUGCCACCAAAGAGCUCAACAAGGAUCCGACUCUCCUACCCAACAUCACGCUCGGCUUCCGCAUCUAUGACCACAGGAACAUUGCCAGAUGGAUCUACACAAACACCCUCGCUCUGCUCUCCACUCGGGGGCAAAUGGCUCCCAAUUAUAAAUGCGACAGGAAGGAUAAAUUGCUCUCUGUUUUUGGAGGUUUUGACUCUGACUCCUCAAGGCAGAUGGCCUCCAUCUUGGGCAUUCUUAAGAUUCCACAGAAGGUGCCCUUUGCCAGGUGUGUGGAGAGGUGCUCUCCAGGGUACAGGAGAAGAGUUCCAGAGGGGAAGCCGGUUUGCUGCUACAGAUGUGAUCGCUGUCCAGAAGGGACUAUUUCUAACCAGACAGAUGCAGAUCAUUGUGUCCCAUGUCCAGAAGAUCAACAUCCAAACAGGAACCAAAACCAGUGCGUCCCCAAGAAGAUCCACUUCCUUUCCCAUCAGGAGACACUGGGUUCCAUUUUAGCUUCUUUGGUGCUUUUUCUCACUUUGAUCACAUCUCUAGUGCUGGCAACCUUCAUUAAACACUGUGACACACCCAUCGUCAAAGCCAACAACCGAGACCUCACCUACGUCCUCCUCGUCUCCCUCCUGCUCUGCUUCCUCUGCUCCUUCCUGUUCAUCGGACGACCCACAAAGGUCACUUGUCUUCUCCAACAAGCUGCUUUUAGCUUCACCUUCUCUGUUGCGGUUUCGUCUAUCUUGGCCAAAACUGUCACAGUGGUUCUGGCCUUCAUGGCCACCAAGCCAGGAAACAUGGCAAGGAAACUCUUGGGGAGACAACUGCCUAAUUACAUUGUCCUGGCCUGUCCCCUCAUUCAAGCUAUUAUCUGUGCUGUCUGGCUGGUUACUUCCCCUCCAUUCCCAAACUUAGAUUUCAUCUCUUUAGAUAGGGAGAUCAUAGUGGAAUGUAAUGAAGGAUCGGUCACCAUGUUCUACACUGUUUUGGGCUACAUGGGUUUCCUUUCCUUUAUUAGCUUUGUGGUAGCUUACCUAGCACGGAAAUUGCCUGACAGCUUCAAUGAAGCCAAGUUCAUCACCUUCAGCAUGCUGGUGUUUUGCAGCGUUUGGGUCUCCUUUGUGCCCACUUACCUGAGCACCAAGGGGAAGUCCAUGGUGGCCGUGGAGGUCUUCUCCAUCCUGGCCUCUGGUGCUGGUCUCCUGGGUUGCAUCUUUUCCCCCAAAUGCUACAUUAUUGUGCUGAGGCCUAAUCUCAACAGCAAAGAUCAUCUCAUGAGGAAAACCAAUCAUGAAAUGUAA